AGGUAGUUUAAAACCUAAACUGGUGGAGAUCGGCCGCAGCAAGGCGAGAGCUGCGGUUUUCCAGCUUAGAGCGGAUCUUUGUGUGAGAGCAUGCUGAGCAGGAAGGGCUCCUCCGCGGGCACGGUGGACCGCGGCCGGGUGCGGGAGCGGCUGCAGGCUGCGCUGGCCGGGCUGCAGGAGCUGCGGCUGCUCCGGGACCGGCACGGAGACAUGGUGAGCUGGGCUCUGCAGCUGGACCGGGAGGAGCCGGUCAGCGCGCUGCACGCUGACCCGGAGGAGGCUGAGGAGCAGCGGCUGGAGGCGACCCUGACCGCGCUGAAGCAACAGCUGUCUCGUCUACGGAAGCAGGAUGUUGGCCUGAAGACUCACCUGCAGCAGCUGGACCAGCAGAUCAGUGAGUUGAAGUUGGAUGUGAGCAAGGCCUCCACUGAUCAGCUGGAGAGUGACAGCAGGCCCAGCUCAGGUUUCUAUGAGCUCAGCGACGGCGGCUCUUGCUCCAGGUCCAACUCCUGCACAUCUGUUUACAGCGAGUCCCUGUCAUCCUCCCAGACCAGCCUCAUUCCCCUGAGCCCAACCGGCUGCCACGUUAGCCCCCCACCACAGGUUGAUGUUUUCCACCGCCGCUCUGUUGAUGAGAGCCCUGGCCAGCCCAACCCUCCACGGACCACAGGCCUCCAUCUUGGCAGCAGCAGAAUCCGAGCCAGCGCCAUAGGCACAGAUUAUCAGACACGGCCGAGGCCGGUGUCAACAGGAGAUCUUGAAAGAAUCAUGGCUCAAGGAUUGGGCUGCUUCAGGUCUGCAGAUGCAAAGAAACUCCCAGUGUGUCCGAAACAGAAGAUCUCCCCUGUGGAUCCCAAAUUCCAGCGUCAUCUGGAGACAUGUGGUGGCACUGAAGUUUACCCGUACCCCAGUCCUCUGCAUGCUGUGGCUCUCCAGAGCCCGAUCUUCUUCCAGGGGGGUGAAGACGGGAAAUUGGUUCUCCAAGAGGGGCAAGGAGCCUCAUCGAACGGCUACGACUCUCUCCAAAUGGGUUACAAAAACAAGAGCCUGGGCUACAUUGACAAGCUCCUCCAGCGCACCUUGAGCAAAAGCCAAAUUAAUGCAAGUGCAGAGACAGUGGAGAUACAAGACAGCAAUCAGAGGAAGCCAGCUGAAAAUAUAAAUGUGUCUUUUGAAGUGUCUCAAAAACAUGAGUACAGCUUAAUUCCUCCUCAAGCUAAAAACCAAAAUCUUCCAGUGAACGGUGAGCAGAACAGGAACCGUACUGUAUACUCCAACCAAGAGCUGAAUGAUAGGAAGAGCCACGAGUCACUGAGAGGCCCAGAAAUUCAAUGCAGGUAUUCCUAUCUCACUGUCAUGAAGGAGUACAGCUCUGAUGAAGUUUCACACUCAACCCUAACGAAGAACGACAAACCCAAAACAGAAAACUCAGGCUUCCCAAGGAAUCAUUCUGAUAAAAACUGUGGUGAGACAGUUGAGACAGCGAUGAGGAAGAGUCACUGGCAAAGACCGGUUGUUCCUCAAACGUCAGGCACAGAGAGUCCAGGCUUUGAGGUCCAGAGCAGUCAUACAAACUCUCCUGAGUUUGUCCAUGCCAAGUUUGUCCCUGCCUCCUCACAGAGGGUCAAGGUUAGACAAGCGGACCGCAAAACCAAGGCUGUGAAACUCAAACGAAAAAGCUCAGACAAGCCCCGAGUGUUGAGACAGCAACACAGCUUCUCAUCCGGUGAAAGAACCAAAGAGGUCGGCUUUGGAGCCAGAGGGGAGCAGAGGAGAUCAGGAAAGGGGAAAGUCAGUGAGAAAGGUAGCGCCUGGCAAACGCACGAACACAGACAGCGGUCCAGCUCCGAGUCCAGUCUCUACAGUCCUGGAGUCAGAAUCACCCAGAAGGGCCACCCUAAACCACAUCCAGUCCCUGCUUCAUCAAAGCUCAGCAAGAACCGUAGACCACAGUCCAUGGAGUACGAGCAUCCAGUUGAGCAACGAAGAAGGAGACAGGCAACCCCCAAAUGGCAAUCUGAUGUGGACAUUUACCAGGCACCCUUUCUUCAGCACCAGAGGUCAAAGGAGAGCAUGCAGAUGGUCCGAAGUCUUAAGCCAGGUCAAUGGAUCGGACCUUCACACCCUUUCCACUUCUCCAUGUCGUCCAGCUCUUUCCUCCAAAGUCUUAAUGCCAGGUAUCCUCCAGCUCCCUUCCACAUGACCAGCAUCUACCCACCCAGAUGUGAGUCUGAGUACUCAGCUGAGUGCGCCUCGUUGUUCCACUCCACCAUCGCCGAAAGCAGUGAGGGUGAGAUGAGCGACAACACCACCAACCGCUUCGGAGACAGCGAGUCCAGCCAGAGCUCCCAGUCCUUCUCUGACUCCGACAGCAGCCUGUCCCUGGAUGAGGAGGAGCGGGUGGAGAUAAACGAGGCGGCGGAGGGUGGGAUGGUGUGGGCCGAGGCGGCUCUGGGGCCCACCGCAGCCGGGCAGCCCCUCCGUCAGCUCCCACCGCGCCCCGAGCCUACGGCCUGCCGCAUCAAAGCUUCCCGAGCCCUGAAGAAGAAGAUCCGGCGAUUUCAGCCAGCCUCCCUGAAGGUCAUGACCCUGGUUUAGAUAAAAGAUGCCCUGCGGCAAGAAUGAAGACUCCUCUGUGUGGGAAAGCCCCUCUGUGUGGUGGGAACUGCUUUAAAAAAUAGCUUAACCAGAUCUAAUGAAGUCUCUAGGACAAUACCUUUAAUCUGGACUGCAUUCAUCAAACACAAACAAGGAGAUUGUAUGAAAGCAUAUAUAACACUAUAAUCACAAUUAAACUUCCUGCUAAAGGACUUAAGUGUUCAAACACAUUUCUGUCUUUUGUAUUUUCUUUUAGCAAGUAACUGUUUUCUGUUCUGCUUUAAUUUUCCUUACAUAUUGCAAUUAUUGAUGUUUGACUCAUAAGAAUAAACUGAUAUUUAAUUAAUGCUGGGCCGGUUUUCUCUGAGAAUUAUCAUCCAAGUUUUUCUGUACGUUUACCAAGCUAACAAGAACAUCAAGAUGUCGCCCUGGCGCUACUGCCGCAGGUUUUCUUCAUAAACAUGACUAAAAUGAUCUCGUCUGGUUAACUCUGUCCCCUCUGGGUUUCUAUUUAUCUGCCAUAAUGGAAGCAAUCUCCUGCUAAUCUUCACAAACAUCCCGCUGAGACGGACCAGUUUAGCAUAGAUAGCUCUCAUGGCCCCCCGCCUUAUCUGGCUUCCUGACUCGGCUCAGCCGUUCGUUUUAAUAAGCCGCAGCUUCAACAAUCAGACCAGACAGUCGUGUUUAAUUAGAGGGUGAAACUCAUCAGCUUCCCUCUUUUCCCUGCAGGCAAACAUUUACAGAGAAUAAACUGAAAACACACCCACUCCUUAAGAGUUUCACAAACAGACAUUAGCAUGAUGAGGGCUGAAGUUGGGCCCAGUGAACAUAUAGAGAAAUGCUGGAAUUAAAAAAGUAUUUGCACCAUGAGAGAGUUUUCUGUUGCUGGUUUGGGUUUAAAGAUAAACGGGAAUGUGCAGCGUAAGAAGCGUCCACAGAGGGUGGCGGAUGACUGAGGCUGGAAUCUGAUUUGAACCUUAUGAUUCAUGUGAGCUGCGUUUCUUGAUGGUCCCACUGCUAAGGGCGGCACCAACAUAUGAAAGGAGAGAAAAAAGAUUUCUGUCAGUUGAGCAGUUAAUGUACAGUAUAUUUCCAUUAAAAAUGCAAAUAUGUGUUAUUGUUAUAACAUAUGACUUCAUGCAACAGUUAUAAUGUUGAUUUUGGUUCAAGAUAUAAAGUUUUCUGUGAUGUCCAAAAAAUAAACAAGCAAAAAAAAACAAAGCAAAAUGA